AUGUCUACCGCAGUCGUCAUCGCUCAGAUUGAAACAUGUCUGCACAAGGCUGAACGGCUAAAGCCAAAGGUUGACAGGCUACAUCCCACAGAUGAGCAAUGGGACACGUUACUUGACUUGACUUCCCGACUAUCGGAAUCCACACAACUCCUCCGAGAGAAAUUACGACUUCGAAGGGAAGUCCGUUCCACCCAAAUACAGAACGAUGCGGAGAAAUACAGGAGCCAGGCAAUCACUUCCAGACAUGCGCUCUGCGAGAACGGAACAUUCAAAGCGACAAUCUUUCGAAGGAAUCUCCUCACCAUAUUUGGCGACACAAAAAUUUCGAUGUUUGAUUCUGCCAGAACCAGAUGGAGGAAGGAAGCUGCACGGAGAAGAAAUGAAGCUAUUCGAGGCCUUAAUCCGGACGCUAUUGUUACGUGGUCAAUCGCCUUUGAACCGAGUCUCUGGGCCAGCGGCAAAAUCGCUUCUGAUGUUUUCGAGACUAUGACAGAGGAUCUUGAAGCAGAACCCCCUUGUGAGUGGCCGCCCGCAAUAAUGGACACAUUGGACAAACUCCAAGAAGAAGAAGGCAUUCUGCGAGAAAGUCGAGAAUACAAAAGGUUUCGCGAAACCAUAAACCUGCCCUACAGAGACAGGGAAGCCCAACCUCUAUCUAAGAAGCGAAAACGGAAUGCAGGAGUCGGAUCUUCGAGUGAACGAUCCUCGAGUGACCAAAGAGAUAAUGAGAAUCAAUCGGGCAGGCAAAUCCAAUACAUGUUUUCGAAGGCACCCGUCGACAAAAUACCGCUUCUGGGGCCUCUCCUUUCCAACGCAAUUCAGGCUAGCAAUCAGUGGAAGAUGGAAAGAAACCUCGAUGAGCCGAUAACUGAUUGCUGCAACGCACUGCUACCAGAAGGAGAACAUGAGGACAUCUCCAUCACGUUAUGCGUUGGGCGCAGGGAAGGCGUCCAAAUGAUCGACUUGCUCAAGCAACGGAGGACUUGGUCAGCUUUACCCAACCAUCUAUCACUUCGACCUCAAAUCCCGGAGGAACAGUGUGCUCUCCGGCCAUUGUAG